AUGGAUCGUUUCAAUCUUAAUAGUCAGCUCGAACAUUUACAAUCAAAGUAUGUUGGGACAGGUCACGCAGAUACAAAUAAGUUUGAAUGGAUGGUAAAUCAACAUCGUGACAGUUAUGCUUCAUAUAUUGGUCACCAUGCUCUAAUUUCUUAUUUCUCGGUCGCGCAAAAUGAAAGUAUCGCUAGAGUUAAAUUUGAGUUCGUAGAAAAAAUGUUACAGCCUUGCGGAAUGCCUGUUCCCAGAGAUGAAUGA